UGUCCCCCACUCUCAUAGCACAUUAUGGCGCACGUCGAGACCAACUGCUGAAAUUUCUCCCUCAGCACAAUCAGUGGUGUUUCACCGUUCGUUGUGAUAGGAAGUGCAGGAUUGAGGAGUUGAGAGGUCCUAGUGACACUGCGAAUAUAUCAGAAAAAUGGCGGACAGGAUAUACAACCCUAAUCCCGAGCUUGCGAAAAAAGCCCACUGCAAGAGUAUGCAGCAGUAUAAGACAAUGCAUGAAAAAUCUAUUGAAUAUCCCGAAGCAUUUUGGGGGGAAAUUGCUAAGGAAUUUUACUGGGAGACAGCAACGUCCAAUGACAAGUUUUUCUCUUACAACUUUGACCUCAACCAGGGCGAUAUUUACAUUAAAUGGAUGGAAGGUGCUACCACAAAUUUAAGCUUCAACUUGCUGGACAAGAAUGUUAAAUGUGGAAAUGGUGAAAAAAUUGCUUUUUACUGGGAGGGCAAUGACCCUGAUGACUACUCGAAAUUGACGUACAAGAAGCUUUUGCAGGAGACGUGUAUGUUCGCUAAUGUAUUGAAAUCGAAGGGCGUCCAGAAAGGAGAUCGUGUGGCAAUUUACAUGCCCAUGAUCCUUGAAUUACCGAUUGCAAUGCUUGCCUGUACGAGAAUCGGCGCUGUUCACAGUGUAGUUUUCGGUGGAUACUCAUCAGACUCAUUAGCCGAACGGAUAAUGGAUUGUAAAGCUAAAGUGCUGAUAACAGCGGACGGUGUUUUCCGGGGGGAGAAGCUUCUACUGUUAAAAAACAUUUGUGACGAUGCAUUAACCAAGGUGAAGGCUCAUGGACACGAGGUGGAGUGUUGUGUGGUGGUUGGCCACUUGAGGAGACUGGCUAAUCCACAUGGAAAAAUAACUGGGGAGACUAAAAAUGGAGUGAAUGGUACGAGCAAUGGAGGAUCGAGUGAGCCAAAUGUCUCAUGGGAUGAUGACAGAGAUUGUUGGUGGCACGAGGAAAUGGAGGAGGCAGAGCCAAGCUGCUAUCCAGUCUGGGUAGCUGCUGAAGAUCCACUCUUCAUUCUCUACACGAGUGGAUCCACGGGGAAACCCAAGGGAGUUUUGCACACAACUGCUGGUUACCUAAUCUACGCGGCGACAACCUUCAAAUAUGUUUUCGAUUACAAGCCUGGUGAUGUCUACUGGUGUACGGCAGAUAUCGGCUGGAUCACAGGUCAUACUUAUGUGGUCUAUGGACCCCUGGCCAAUGGUGCAACCUCUGUCAUUUUCGAGGGCACACCCUUCUAUCCACACAAUGACAGAUACUGGUCUGUUAUCGACAAGUAUAAAGUCAACCAGUUUUACACCGCUCCAACAGCCAUCAGGAGUUUGAUGAAAUUCGGAGAUGAGCUCGUGAAAAAACAUGACUUGAGUACCUUGAAGGUCCUUGGAUCAGUGGGUGAGCCCAUAAAUUCCGAGGCAUGGUUAUGGUUUUACAAUCACGUGGGCCAUGGUAAAUGCAGCAUAGCCGACACAUUCUGGCAAACUGAGACUGGAGGACACGUCAUCACUCCAUUGCCAGGAGCAACACCCAUGAAACCAGGCUCAGCAACAUUCCCAUUCUUCGGAGUGCUUCCAGAGCUUCUGGAUGAGGAUGGCAGGGUGAUUGAGGGAGAGGGUGAGGGCUAUCUGGUCUUUAGGAGACCCUGGCCCGGAAUGAUGAGGUCGCUCUACGGUAACCAUGACCGCUUCCAGACUACAUACUUCGACAGAUUUCACGGUUUUUACUGCACUGGAGAUGGUGCUAGGCGUGAUGCUGAUGGAUAUCUUUGGGUCACUGGGCGCAUCGAUGAUAUGUUAAAUGUCUCGGGGCAUUUAAUGUCAACUGCUGAAGUGGAGAGUGUACUGACGGAGCACUCGGAUGUAGCUGAGGCUGCUGUUGUCAGCAAACCUCAUCCAGUCAAGGGACAGUGUCUUUACUGUUUCGUUACGCCGAAUGAAGGAAGGAUAUUUAGCAAACAAUUGUCGGACGAGCUCAAGAGAAAAGUGAGAGAAAAAAUUGGACCUUUUGCCCAACCAGAUGUGAUACAACAUGCUCCAGGCUUGCCAAAGACUCGCUCAGGGAAAAUAAUGAGACGUAUACUCAGAAAAAUAGCAAUUGGCGACAAAAACGUAGGGGAUGUUUCUACCCUCGCUGACGAGGCAGUUGUCGAUGUACUUUUCCAACUGAGGCCUUAGGCCCAAGUACACCAUUAAAUUGAAACUAAAGACGAAAGAAUAUGCACUAACAAACAACGAUUAUUGUUUAGCGAAUGCCAUUUUUUUCAGAUAUUUUUUUUAAAAGGUAAAACCUUGGAGAAUUGCGCGAAAAAGUGCUUGAAGGCUUGUCGACUCGAGUAUUCAUUGCAGAGAGUGCUAAAACCCGGAAUACUGCUGAUUUGCAUGGAGAUAUAAUCUUAACAGAUGAGUUUAAAGAGAUGAAAAAUCAAUUAUUAAUGGAAAACGUUGAAAGUCCAUAGACUUUAAAUAAUUAUAGAUAUUUCAAUGUUGAAUGACAUUUGAAUAUUAAGUGCCGUUGACGGGAAAUGCUACAAGAGAUGUCUAGAUAAAAUGUUAUCCAGUAAGAAAAUUUACCAGAAGAAACUAAAAAUGAUUUGUUGAAACAAACCAAUGAAAGUUUAUCACUACCAGUAACCAAACAGAAAACGCACUUGCACUAAUGCACAUGUGAUUUACCGAGAGAAUUAAUUUUAAAAAGCAAUUCACUAAAAAUAUGAUAGAGAGAGCUCUAUAUUAUACACAAAAAGUCGAUAAACGAGGAUAAUGCAAAUUAUGAUUAAAUCACGUCGACCUCGUCCAUGAGUCGACGUCGCAUACAUAUCAUUCCCUGCGGAACAAAACUACUUCUAGGUGUGAUAAUUAUUCUAAGUGAUCAUAGAUUAUACACAUGUGCGAUUAUGUGUUAAUAAAUAUGUGGAGAACACGUUGUACAAGGUAUAUGUAUAUAUACAAACGUUAAGAUUCAA